GACUAUUAAGAUUUGGAACUUGAGAGUUUGAGACAAUGAGAGUGAGAGGAGGGAUUAGCGAGGGAUUAAUGCUGAUUGGUUCAAUCGGGAAGAAAAUCGACAGAUGGUUUCUGUCUAAUUCUAUUUUGGAAUUUUAGGGUUCUAAUAACAACUGUUAUAGCUCUUCCAUCUCUACUGCUUCUUCAAAAUUUUCCCGCGAAAAAAUGGAUCAUGAAGGGCAACGAGGCUCUUCAAAUCCCUCUGCAGUGCUCGCUUCUCUUCUUAGCAAGAGAGCCAAGCUUCACGAGGAGCUCCGAAACAUUGAAAAACAGGUCUAUGAUAUGGAGACAAAUUAUUUACAGGAUCCAAGCCAGUGUGGCAAUGUAUUGAAAGGUUUCGAAGGGUUCCUAUCUUCAUCUAAGAACACUGCACUCCUGAAGCGGUCUAGGAAGUUCCAGCCUGAAGAUAGGCUCUUUUCUUUAUCUUCAGUCACCUCACCAGCAUUGUCUAAUAUGCUAUUCAAAAUUCACUUGCACUCUUCUUUUCCCAUUGUCAGGCUGAAGAGCAAGCAGCUGGACGAGAUGAUGGUAGAUCAGAUUAUGGUGUAGGUCGUCCAAAGGGAGGAGGAAUAUACGCAAAUGGGCAAGGAAAACCAAAGAAGGGAAGAUGUGGACCAAGAGAAGCUAAGAGAAUCAGGCCUUCAGCUGAUCCAGAUUUUGACUAUGAUGAUGAUCCUGAUUUGACACUCUGAAAUUACUCCUUGGCAAUAUCUAUUAUUCUUUUCUGCAUUGUUGAUGCAAAUAGGGCUUUUAUGUUAAGAUUGUUAAUGCGACGAUGCUACAUGAGGAAUGAUCAGUUACUCUUGCUUGUUUUAAGAAAAUUGUUUUCUUUUUCAAUUUUUAAUGAAAAAGUCUCCAUUGUAAUUUGCCUA